AUGGAAAGCGUAAAUCAAACUUCCAUGAACAGAUUCAUCCUUCUUGGCCUGACCAAUAUCCCAUACUUGCAGGCUUUAUAUGUUUUGAUGUUCCUCAUAAUGUAUGUCAUUACAUUGACUGCAAAUCUUUUACUUAUGCUUGUGGUACAAAUCAAUUCACAACUACAAACUCCAAUGUACUUUUUCCUGAGCAACCUCUCUAUUGUUGAUUUCUUCUUCUCUUCCACCAUAGUCCCUAAAAUCAUGGCAAUCACUGUAUCUCAGGAUAAAAGUAUUUCACUGUUGGAUUGUGCAACACAGAUGUUCUUCAGUUUAUCUUUAGGAGCAACUGAGUGUUUUAUUCUGGCAGUGAUGGCCUAUGACAGAUACGCUGCUAUCAGUAAACCGUUACAUUAUACCACAAUAAUGAAUAAGAGAUUUUGCAUAAGUAUGGCUGCUGGGUCAUGGAUUAUUAGCAUUAUAAAUGCUGCCAUUCAUGUUUAUCUCACAUUUCAAUUGCCUUUUUGCAGAUCCCACCAGAUCAACCAUUUCUUCUGUGAGAUGCCUCCUUUAUUUAGACUGUCUUGUCGAGAUACGUAUCUCAAUGAGGUAGUCAUGUACAUCUCAGCUGCUAUAAUAGGUGUGUGCUCAUUCAUUUUGACUCUCGUUUCAUAUGUUCAUAUCAUUUCCGCUAUACUUAAGAUUCGUUCCACUGCCGGAAGGUAUAAAGCUUUCUCCACUUGUUCAUCCCAUCUUGCAGUGGUAUCUCUAUACUAUGGCACUCUUCUUCUCAUGUACAUGCGACCUCACUCUGCCUAUUCUCCAGAAGUGGACAAAAACUUGUCCCUUAUUUACACAGCUGUGACACCGAUGCUGAAUCCUAUUGUCUAUAGUAUAAGGAACAAACACGUCAAAAACACAAUUAGAAAAAAAAUUAACGAAAUAAUGCCUUGGCUUGUUAAAUGA